AUGGGUUCAAGAUCCAGCGAGCAGCAGGCUCUUCUUCCCGGCGUAUCAGACAACAACAAUUACUCUACAUCACGGUCCUCCUCGUAUCAAUCGAUAUCAACUCUCAAUGACGAUUACGACAGCGACGCUCUCGAGCAUGACAAGGCGAAAAGAGACUUGUUCAUUGCCCGAUUUCUAGCCGACUUCACAUUGGGGUUCUCUGAUGGAUUGACGGUACCAUUUGCUCUCACAGCCGGGCUCAGCUCCUUAGGCACAGCCCAGACUGUCAUCUAUGCGGGCUUCGCAGAGCUGUGCGCUGGCAGCAUCAGCAUGGGCAUUGGUGGAUACCUGUCGGCCUUGGAUGAGGUUCGCGCAAACGAGCGCUGCCAGAACAUCGAGGACAAAAAGUUGCUGGAGGGAAGUAAGGAUGAUGUCGAAGAAGCCCGCAGUUUGCCGUAUCAUACCGAAGACGAUGCGACUGAAAUCGGCUCUAACCUUGGCGAGGAUAACUCGAAUCGUGUCUCUGAAGAAAUGGUCCGCCAACACCUCAACCCCCUAAAUCUCCCCCCUCACAUGGUGUCUGAGAUUCUCUCCACCAUCGCCAGCCGACAGAAAGGUUUGGAGAGUACCGCACUGGCGUUGAAACCUAAAGAAAAAGCCGAACGCAUCCAGAGUGCCAUUUGGCCCAUUAUGUCCGGAAUCUCGAUCUCUCUCGGAUAUGUGAUCGGUGGUUUGAUUCCCCUUCUACCAUAUUUCUUCACCCCAACUGUAGGCGUUGGCUUGUGCUGGAGCACCGCCUUUUGCCUGGUAGCCUUGUUCGGAUUCGGUUUUGGCAAGUGUUGGAUGUUUAGUGAAGAGAAGUCGUAUUGGCGACAAAGCCUGUGGGAGGGUUUCAGAAUGCUGGUUCUGGGCAGUCUUGCCGCUAUCGCAUCUGUGCUAUGCAUCAAAUUACUUGAGACAAGCACCGGAGGGCCACCUUAA